AGGCUGCGCAAACAAACAAACGAAAAGAGGUGGAGAAGUCAACGACCUACCCAAUAAUCCCACCCCUCUGAAUCUUUUAUUUUACUUUUACAUUACAGUCAGUUCGUUGUCGAUUAUAACCAUGACCUCGUCGUUUGCUAUUUUCACAAUUUCUGCUCUUUUCUGCAUUUUCCCAUAUGCCGAUACACUUCGGUGCCAUGAUUACACAAGCACCAAUUUGAUGAAGAAUCCAAUGAAGACAUGGGUCGACUGCCCAGCUGACGCUCAAUAUUGUUACAAAAGCUAUUUGGAAUCCAGAGAUUUUAACAAUGACAAAACUUUCGUCUCAGGAAGAGCCUGUGGAUCCUCUAACCUUUGCAUUCAAAAUGGAUGCGUUGGAACUAACACCGAUAAGGCCUGCUGUUGCCGUGGAGAUCUUUGCAAUUCAUCAUCACUCGUUAAACUUACUGUCUCUAUUAUGACAUUGUUUGCCGUUUAUUUCUUCAAAAAUUAAAUUUCUUUCAUUUUUGGUCUUUGAAUUUUAAAAUACUCUUUCCUCAAUUUUCAACUUGUGCUCAGGUGCUCAUCUGGCUCUCUAUUACUGUAUCCAUAAUCUAAAACCAAUGACCCAAUUUCUUCUCAUUCCGCUCAUUUCUUCCCGGAGAACGAACAUCAAACAGUAAUAAUCAAAAUCGAAUUCAUGUGUCAAGUGUCCUUAUAAUUGUUUAAAUCAAAUGUAAAUAAUAAGUUCAUCCAAUAAAAUUUUUAUAAAAUAGAAA